CCCCCCUCAUCGAGCGCCUUCCCUCCUGUCCUUACGAGCCGCGAUUGAUUGCGCAAACAACGUGGAACGAGAUUUGGAUUGAAUAGCUUCAAAGCACGGGAACUACACGCGAUGUCUCUAAAAGCAGACAACUUCCCCUCCUCCGUCGCCUUCGACGCCAUCGCGCAAUCCCUCGCCAACGACGAAGCCGGCCGCGAAGACGCCAUCAAAAAGGGCGGCGCCAUCUUCGUCUUCCAGCUCAAGAACAAGGCCGGCGAGGAAGAAAAGUGGUACAUCGACCUCAAGGAGUCGGGCACCGUCGGCAAGGGCGAUCCGCCCAAGAAGGCCUCCGUCACCUUGGUGCUCAGCGACGAGGAGUUUGGCAAGCUGGUCAGCGGCAAGGCGAAUGCGCAGAAGCUGUUUAUGAGCGGGAAGCUGAAGAUUCGGGGUGAUGUUAUGAAGGCCACGAAGAUGGAGCCUAUAUUGAAGAAGGCGCAGACGGGGGCGAAGUUGUAGGGGUGGUGGUGGUGUAGGGACGUUGUACAAUAUAUGUGGCGAAAUGGCAUGGUUUGAGCUCGGUUUUUAUGGCUUUGACCUUCGUUUCGAAUGGGAGUACUUGCUUCUGUUGGGGAGUCUUUUUCUCCACCAUGCGUGUGUGAAUCUAGACGCCAAUUUUCAAGUAAACUACUGGACGAAGGCUGAGCUUCUGUCGGACGUCUGCGCGCUUCGAGGGGUGCGGAAUGAGCCUGCACCAACUAGCUCCCUGCUAUAAAUCGAAUGCUCUUGAAUAGAGCUUAGCCGUUAAGAGUAGCAUGUACCUAGGAAGGUACGUGUUGUGCUUAAAUGCAGAGCAUAAGUACAUGUAUUUUCACCUUUUACUUACUCCAACAUUAGCAGCCUAGUGUGAUUAGUA